AUGGAAAAGGGGGUGGUGACGGCAAUUGCCCAAGUGGUGAGAUACGACAAAGUUGUGGACCCAGGAGAAGGAAGCUGUGACGACGGUGAAAAAGGAUGCAACGACGACGGUGAAGAAGGAUGCAACGACGAAGGUGAAGAAUUAUGCAACGAUGACGCUGAAGAAGUAUGCUGCAGCGAUGGUGAAGAAGGGUGCUGUGACGACUGUGGAGAAGGGUGCUGUGACGACUGUGAAGAAGAAUGCUGCGACGAUGGUGAGGAAGAAUGCUGUGACGACGGUGAAGAAAGAUGCAAUGACGACGGUGAAGAAAGAUGCAAUGACGAUGGUGAAGAAGGAUGCUGUGACGACGGUAAAGAAAAAUGCAAUGACGACGGUGAAGAAGGAUGCUGUGACGACGGUGAAAAAGGAUGCAACGACGACGGUGAAGAAGGAUGCAACGACGAAGGUGAAGAAUUAUGCAACGAUGACGCUGAAGAAGUAUGCUGCAGCGAUGGUGAAGAAGGGUGCUGUGACGACUGUGGAGAAGGGUGCUGUGACGACUGUGAAGAAGAAUGCUGCGACGAUGGUGAGGAGUGUGACGACGGCGAAGAGGAUGCUGUUACUACGGUGAAGAAGGAUGCAAUGACGACGGUGAAGAAGGAUGCUGUGACGACGGUGAAGAAGGAUGCUGUGACGACGGCGAAGAGGAUGCUGUGA